AUGGCGCCCGUACCGAAACCCGCACAGGCAAUGCCAGACUACAAGACGCUUAUGGAGCACGCUACAUCGCUGGUCCUGCUUAGACCGGAUCUUAUCGCUGAACCACAAUUGAAAAAGCACAAGAAGACAUCAAAGGAUUAUGAUGAGGAUGGUGGAAUGUCUAUGGACGAUGAGAUUGAAGCUGAGGGUGUGGUGGGUGAAAUGGAGUGUUUGAGGGGUUACUUUGAGAGUAUGAAGAUUGAGAAUGCAGAUGAAAAGGUGUUUCUGGAAGAGAUAUUCUUGGGAUGUGUGCGACAUGUCAAGAUCUUAAAGGGCACUAUAGCUGUUGUUAAUGGUGUCAGUGGGAGGGGUGUAAGGCCACAGUAUGAAAGGGCUGUUCUUACAGUACUGGGAUACCUGAUCCUAUUUCGCAUUAACGAGAUCGGGCUUGACAGACUAACGGGUCUUGUGCGUGGACUGGAGCCACGCCAUAUCGCGUCGUUCUUGAGCGUGCUGUCGGAUCCGGUUGCGGUUGAGGGCGCGCUGAGGGGGUGCUGGUGCAGGGUGCUGGAUGCUAGUUGGGUGCAUGAUAACUUGGUGACGCCAUUGCUUGAAAACGCAUCCAACAUUCACAAGCUCUCCAAAGAGUUCUUGGAAAAAUUGAAUUGUGGGAUGACGGUUGCUAAGUCUACUAAACCACCAACAGAAUCAAAACCAUUCCUACUUACAAAGCCACGACCACGUCGAUUACCUGAGCCCACGGAACGUAUAUCAACUGUUCCGAAAGCACGGCCUGUGCCAAAAACGGUUUAUGAAGGGAGCUCGGAGCAGGCUGCUUUGGAGAAGACAAAGGUGGAGAAUCGGCACAAGACGCAGACCCUCUAUGAAGAAGCCCAACGUAUGCAAUUCCACGCCGCCAAAGUCGCUGCUGCUGCCAAGAAGGCAGCAUCCCAAACCCUCCCACCAAAGCCAACCACCCCAGACCCAGCACGCAAACGCAUAAUCGCACGUCCGGCUCCCACUUUCAAAGAAGUCGCGCCGGUAAAACUUACCACGAGCGCCAUCCUUCGAGAAAACGCACUCAGUAAGAAACGCAGGGACGAGGAAGUUAAGGAGAUGAAUGAGAGUGAGGUGCGACUGAGGGAUAAUAAUGCGUAUGGGAAUUGGAGGGAGGCUGCGAGGGUUAAAGAGGAGGAAGAUAAGAGGAUUGAGCUGGAGAGAAGGAGACUGCAAGUGCAGCUUGCGCAUGAGGAUGCUAUUGUUGCGAGAGAGGGGAUAUUGAUUGAGAAUAGAGAACGAGUUCAAGAAGCCAAAGAAUUAAAAGAAGUCCUCGCACGAGCCGCCGAAGAAGCCAAACACGAAGCCGAUCUCGAAAAGCGCCGAAAAGUCGAACAGGUGCAGGACUUGCAGGAGAAUAUUAAUCGGGCGAAGCAAAGAGUCAUUGAUGAGAAUUUACGAAGAGCUGCUGAAGUAGAGUUACAAUCGCAGCAACUACGUGAACAGGCAUACAAGCAACAUGAGGAAGACCGGAUACGCAAGACGGAACUGAUUGCCCAGAUACGGCUGCUCGAGCAGCGGAAUGUGACGCCUGCGGGAUUUGUCGUCAAGACUGUGGAUUUGACUGAGACGGCGGGGCUUGGGCUGCUUGGCGAGAUGUCUGUUCUUGAGCUCCAAGAACGUCUAAUCCGUGCCAAAACCCGCCUCAUCGAUACUGAAAACACGAAACGCCAAACCAUCAUGCUCGCCAAGCAAAAGAAACUCGAGGCUGUUGCUGCACAGCUACAGGAAAUCGAUCGGGAACGAUAUCUGAGGAAACAUCAACGUGAUUUGAAACGCGUUAACGCCGAUGGACUGUUGUCGCGCCCGAUUAGCGUCAUGUCGUCUGCAAGUAACUGCUCGAGCAGGACGGGGGGUGAGAGGGAGGCGCUGAUUGAGCGGGAUGUGGGGUUGCGGGAUUUGGCUGAUAAAUUAGCAUCGAGGCGGGCUGCACGACUGGCUACACGAGCCGCGACGAAACUCUCUGCACAUCAGAUGGCGAGUGUGGGAUCUGAUAUUGGGUCAGAGUGUGGGAGCGAUGUGUCGAGGAGACGGGAUAUGUGGUGCGAGUUGGGCGAAGCUGCGGGGGAGUAUGAGAGUAUGAAGAGGGUGGGUGGAGAUUUGAGGGAUGAGUAUUGA